ACUGAACUUCCCCUUAUAAAAGGUAUCGUCAUAUUAAACCAUUCUUUUGAAGUAUGCAACAGAUCUCAUUUGAUGGAAUUAUUCAAUUGGACGUGGACAUUUAGCGCCGGAUUAUCUUGUGUGGUGGAACUGAUUUAACGCUUUAUCACUUAAAUUUCUGUUUUGUCAUUUUACUCAGCUUUAGUUUUAGGGAUUCUUACGGUUUCUGAACUCGGGACAAGUGGUCUUUACUCGCAGUUUUCAUCAUGGCAAACUCUUGUCUCCAACUGGGCGGGUUUCUCCUCAGCUUCCUCGGGUGGCUAGGUAUAGUGGUCGCCACAUCCACCACUGACUGGGUGAAUAUUUGUAAAUACGGUUUAAACACCUGUAAGAAGAUGGAUGAGCUGGAGGCCAGGGGACCAUGGGCGCAUUGUGUCAUCUCUACAGGGCUCUACCACUGCGUCUCCCUUACACAGAUCCUGGAUCUGCCAGCCUACAUCCAGACUACUCGUGCCCUGAUGAUCACAGGUUCAAUCCUCGGUUUCCCAGCAGUGAUUAUGCUCCUCAUGUCCAUGCCCUGUAUCAACCUUGGGAAUGAACCCCAGAGCUCCAAGAACAAGCGUGUCAUCCUGGGAGGAGUGCUUAUACUCAUAGUUGCAAUCUGCGGUUUGGUGUCCACUAUUUGGUUUCCCAUUGGGGCCCAUCGUGAGUAUGGCCUCAUGUCAUUUGGCUUCUCCCUCUAUUCUGGGUGGGUGGGCACUAUUUUCAGCCUGCUCGGUGGAUCCAUCGUCACCUGCUCAUCCGAUUCCUCCUCGUCUCGCUCCUACCAGGAGAACAACCAUUUUUAUUACUCCAAACAGGGAGGCAACAACCCACCAGCUGCGUCCUCCACCAAUCAUGCCAAAAGCGCCCACGUCUAAGAUCGGAGAUUAAGCCCAUGUGGAUUGUUGAUAGCAGUGGUUUGUACAUAGAGACCUAUCCACGAGUGUUAAUAUAUCCCCGUUUAUUGCAGUAAUCUUUACAUGUCCCAGAAGAGAAGGCAACACAUUCUCACACCCAUUCAUGAAAUGGAAAUUUCACAAUUUUGAAUGCGCGCAUAUGCAUACACAAAAAUCCAAACAUAAAAGACUUUUGGUGGAGUCGUUUUCCCACCAGUGGACUGUUUUUGUGUCUUCCAGCCUCCUCAUCUUGGGUGCGGUGCAAACGUUCCCAAAUGUUGCAUAAUUGUAGAAUCUCUGAGCAACUGAUGCGCAGUCACCUGAGGUCAUAGUCAGAUGAGGCCUUGUGUCAUUCAGACAUUGUAUUCUAUUCUGUAUUCUAUUUUUUUUCUAUUGUUUACCUAAAGAUGAAAUCCUUUGAGUGCCUUUGAGUGUUUUUUAAACUGAAUAAUAUCAUGACCUAUUGCUUUGAUUUUCGCAGGGUAUGACAGUAUUGUUCUUGGGAUUAAAAGCAUGUUCAUUGUUUAUGCACAUUGAUUUUCUUUGACAGUGUUAUACAACUCUCUAGCCUCUUGAGUGAUAGACUUGAUUAAAAUGAUGUACCACUGCUUUCUGUCCUAGUCCCCACUGAAUGAUGGUAGAACUAUGAGGUCAUAAAUUUUACAGGAGAGCUUUACCAGUGUUACAGACUUCAUUAAAGUCUCACUUUUUGCACUGAAAAACCUUACUGUAGAAUACAACUUUGAACUAUGUCAACUGAUAGCAGUAUUUCUUAGUCCCGUCUUUUGCUCUAGUUUAAUGUUUGAAUAAUGACUUUCUGGCAAAAUGUAACUUCAGGUGUUGUAAAUUUUCCCACAAAAUAUCAGUUAAAUUUUCUCACAUAUUAGCUCUUGAAAAAUGUCUACAGCUAAAAGUAUGUUUAACUAAAACUAAAAACUAAAAAGCAGCAUUGUGUCGAUUAACUUCUCGUAAAAGAAUAUAACACAGAUGGAGCCUGAUACUUUCAAGCAACUCUGUACAUAAGCAGCGUCGGCAAUGACUAUUUAUUGUUUUUACUGAUGUGUUGUUUUAUUUUCAGCAAUAAAGCCAAAGUAGUGAAAUGAA